CCUGUAACUACGUGGCUGUGGGAUCUUGCUGCGGCUUGCGUCACUUCAGCUAUCUGUGCUGGCCGAUCUGCCCAUAUACUCGGUGCUGGCCCAUCAGUUCAACACCUUUUCCAGACGUCUGGUUCGCAUCUUUCCCACGACUCGAAAGCAGCAUAGCAGUCUCCGGACGAACACCUCUCCAUCAUGGCGGGGAAAAUGACUUUGUACAAGCUCGUGGUGCUCGGGGACGGUGGCGUCGGGAAGACAGCUUUGACCAUCCAGCUAUGCCUGAACCACUUUGUCGAAACAUACGACCCGACCAUCGAGGACUCGUACCGCAAGCAAGUGCAGAUUGAUUCCCAGUCAUGCAUGCUGGAAGUGCUUGACACGGCAGGCCAAGAAGAAUACAUCGCGCUGAGAGACCAGUGGAUACGGGACGGCGAGGGCUUUGUGCUGGUCUAUAGCAUCUCGUCUCGGUCGUCCUUCGCACGCAUCCAAAAAUUUCACCACCAAAUUCAGCGGGUUAAAGAAUCAUCGCUAUCCGGAUCACCAACAUACCCCGGCUCGCCACUGAGCGCAUCAUCGAACGGGUCUGCUUUCGGCCCGGCGCCUGUCAUGCUAGUGGGUAACAAGUGCGACAGGGUGACAGAACGUGAAGUCUCGACCCAGGAAGGCAGCGCGCUCGCUCGCGAGCUGGGAUGCGACUUUGUGGAGGCUUCCGCGAAGAAUUGCGUGAAUGUUGAGAAGGCCUUCUACGAUGUCGUGCGGCAGCUGAGGCGACAACGCCAACAGUCUUUUGGCCAGGGCCACAAGUCGUCGCGGGCAGACAAAUCGGACAGGAAAACUCGAGGAGAUGGUUACGGUAAUCGCGACGCAGCCAGAUACGGUCGAAACGGGCAACGUGCCGGCGGCUCACGAGGAAAGCACGGCAGCGAGAAGAACACGAAAUGCGUAAUUCUUUGAGCCACUAGGCCACCAGGCUGCGACAAUACGAUUCCAAUGUGUAAAGUCGUCCCUCGAGGGCACCCAGCGGCUUUACACGUUUGCACGCCGCCCCAUUCUCGACAGCAACACCAUCGUCGCGCUUGGCCCACAGCCUCGUCCACAGUCCUUACUCUACAGUUUCUGGUGCCCGAGCUCUUGUUC